CUCUAACUCCAUUGCAGAAGAAGAAAUCAGCUGCUGCAGGAUAAGUAAAACCCCGAGAUGUACAUUAAAUAAUGGUUUGGUGUGAGGAGUUAUCAUUUACACAGAGGAUCUGCUGAAUUACUAAUAUGCAGAAACCCUUUGAUGACUUCUGAUACUGAAAACCCCAUUAAAUAACGGAGAAGAAAACUACAGUAACUGAAAAAGAAAAAAUGUUAGCGGAUCACGGUGGAGUUAUUUUGCUGCUGUUACUUCACCGCACAUAUGCACUUCUGGAAUUGACUGUUCCACCAUCUACAAAUGCUUUUGUUGGGACCAGUAUUCUUCUGCCUUGUACUUUCCGUGUGGAUAAACCACCUAUAAAUCCCAAUUACCUUGCCAUUUUCUGGCACUUUGGUGAAACAGAGCUGCUUAAAUAUGACAACAAAGGGACAGUUCUGUCAACCACAAGGGUGACUAUAGAUGACCGGGCCAUAUUACAAGGCAACGCCUCUCUGACUAUUCCUGGUGUAACUGUAUCUGAUGAAGGAACCUACAAGUGUUUAGUUAUUUACAACCCCGACGGCAGACAAGAAAAGCGAAUAAGAUUGGAUAUUAAAGCUUCACCAACAGUGAAAAUGAGUAGGAAAAUAUUAACUGAUUCUAAGCAAACUGUGCUCCAGUGUUCAAUCACUGGCUACUAUCCCUCUGAUGUUAAGGUGACUUGGCUAAAGAAUGGGAAAACGCUAACUAAUUCAGCUCGGAGCACACCACAGCGGAAUUCAGACAGAACCUUUAGAGUAAACAGCACAAUGAGCUUUACACCCGCUGAGGUCAGCGAUCAACCGGACAUUGUGUGUCAAGUGCAACAUAAUUCCCUAGAGAAUCCAAUCCAAGCUGGCUUAAAAGUGGAUGGAACUUUUCCUUCUGUGCAGAUUUUCUCCUCACCAGUUCAGAAGAAUGUGGAAGAAAAGUUUAUGUGUGAAGUGAGUGGACUCGACCCUAAAUUUGUCAACGUGAACUGGCUGCAGAGUGGGAGGGAUAUAGAGAUGAAGAACAUUAGUGCAAGCUCUGCUCUCUAUUACUCCUUAAGAACAACUAUAAACAGAGAACUUGAUACUAAUAUCUCUUGUGUGGUACAACAUGAGUCACUGUCUGAUCAUAUCUCUAAUACAAUACAACUGAAAGGUGAUGAUUUCAGACAACGUAUCAGAACGAGGGAAACUACAGUCGUUAUUCUGACCAUGUUAUUGACAGCGGUUUUAUCUGGGAUUGUGCUGUGGAAUUUGAUCAGCAAAAAAAAAUGUUUCCAGAGGUUUAGAGUAAGUCCCCUCUAUGAACCUCAAAUGUGGAAUAAUGCCAAGAAAAUCACAUUAUACUGUACAGCAUUUGACUGUGUGAAGGACGUCCAGGUGAUAUGGACGGUGACUGAGAGUGAUGGAAAUAAAGUUACAUUGUAUGACAGUCAGACCCAUAGGGAUGAAGAGAAAAACAAACUCAUCAGCAGUGACUACACUGUGAGAUCAGACAGAUCAGUGGCACAAGGACUGCACAAUGUUAUCACCACCUUGUCAUUCACACCCAGUGAACCAAAACACAAGGGCACCAAAGUUACCUGCAAGUUUAUCUGUGAUGGGAGAUCCAAGGAAAAGCAUGUGGAUUUGAAAUACGAUCUGCAAAGGACAGAUAUAUCGGAGUCUGAGAACAGGGAGCUGUCUACAAGAGACAAAGAAAAGCCGGAGAUAUUGGAGCCCAUAAAAUUAACCCUCUGUGCACCAGGAGAGGUGCUGUGCUCUGUGAAUCUGAGCAAGUUUUACCCUAAAGAUAUCCAAAUUAGAUGGAGCUGUGGAGUUGGACAUUACAAUGAACUUAGCACUAGUAAAGAUACAAUUACAGUUAAUGAAAACCAGACCUAUAAUGUAAAAAGUGAAAGUAAAAUCCCAGAGGAUCUUUUUAAUGAACCAGGAUUCAGAGUGCAGGUGACCUGGGAACAUGAAUCCACGGAUAAGCCUGAGAAGAGGGAGCUGUCUACAAGAGAUGCAGACUUUCCUUGGCGCCCACAAGUGACAGAAAUAACAAAACCACAUUAUUUCCUACAUCUUAAUGAAGCAAAGCUGCAGUGUAAAAUCUCUGGGUAUUUCCCUAAUGCUCUGGAUGUGAAAUGGUUAAAAAAGGAAGCAGGAAACCAGGAAUUAUUCCCUUUGUCUCAUGGUGACCAAUACAAGAUCCCUGAGCUGGAAGAGACCAGAGAAGCAGAUAACACGUUCACCUGCACAGCCAGUCUGAUUAUUGUCACUGUGUCAUUGCAGACAGAGCAGGGAGCAGAAUUUAUCUGUCAGUUGGGACAUCCAAGUCUAGAGGGACCCCUGGAGAGAAGCACAGGACCACUCAUUGUAAAAGAUAUUUUAUGGGUAAGGAGCAUUUCCGUUUCUGACAGAGCCAUCACAUUAGAGGUCAACAGCCACAACCCAGAAGACAUUGUGAUAAAAUGGAGUCGAGUUAAGUCUAAACCUAAGAAUGAUAAGAUCGUUGAUGGCCACAUAAAACAAAGUCAUAAAUCUAACGGUGACGGCAGCUGCACAAUAAAUCAUGUAUGUGAGGUCAUGAGAACAAGAGAUCUAUUGAAAUCAAAAGACAUUUACUUUAAAGCUGUGGUGGAGCACAAGAUACUGAAGUGUCCAAAGGAGCUGAACGUCUUACGCAGAGGAGGGAAAUUUUACCUAAUGUUAGAGGGUAAGGAGCAAAUUCUUCUGACGGACAAACCUCAUAUGUUUAAUGCAGCCAACACCCAUCAGACCACAGGACAGUGAUACAGUUGUUGUGCCCUUAGAUGCAGAGAUCCUUCAAGCAGCAGAAAAGUGGUAUCUGGAAGCAAGAAGAAAAAAUCCUCUGAAAAGAAAUUCAAAAAGCAGCUGCAAAAACAAAAUAGACUCCUAUACACAGUAUUGCAUAUACCUCAAAUGUCACAGGUCACUUGCAUAAAACACUUAAAAUAUACUUUAUUUUAAAUUAAUAACUAUUAUAUAAAUUAUCAUGUAAAGAUAAUGAUAGUUUUACUAAUCAAAGGAUAUAAAUAAACAUAAAAUUAGAAGCAUAUGUAAGUAUGCACUCCAAUACAAGUGGAGAUCAAAACCCUAAUGUAAAAGCCAGGAGCAGGUGUAAGGGGUGGAGCUUGAGGAGCAAUGUGUACUCUGGAGGCGGUGCCAGCCAAUCAUGUGCUGCAUUGAUGGUUUGGGAACAGAUACAAGAUAACCUGGGUGCCAGCGUUUGGGCAUUUCUGGGUAAAGUUUGGGUGGUCUCAAGUUUUACUUAGAGAAACUCUAAUGGUGGCAGCACGAAACCAGGACAUAUUUCAUAAAUCUGGACAAUUCUACAAUAUAUUGGAAGUUCUGUGAUAUGAAGGUGAGUGGGUGAAGGAAACAAAAGGUAAUUGGAGCUUUUUUUAAAAAUAUGUAAUGCAUCAAAUUAAAAGUCAGCAGGAAAGUAAAUAUAGAAACAAGCAAAAAACUGCUUAUUCCAUAAGUUUAAAAUAAUGGCACACGUAGUAAAAAUUAUAUGUAUGUGUAAUACAGACUGUCAAGCUAGUCUGAUGCGUUUCGGCUGCUGACAGCCUUAAUCAUAGACUCAAUUACUCUAUUCUCCUAUGGAGUUUAAAUACGCUCCCUCGCAAUCUUAUUGGUAGCCAAACACCCUGUGUUAAUCCAUCAGUCUGAAUUUAAAGAAACAGUAAACCUUUACCUAGUUAUCGUCAAUACCUAAAUGAUGACAUUACUUUAGUUAUACUUCUACUUUUUUUUUUUUUUUUAAAGGCUUUUUCUCCAUGCCAUGUUGAUUCUACAAAUAUAAAUGUGUAUAUGAACUGCCUAACUUAAGUGAACUUCUCCCCUCCUACAUCAUUUAUUUAAAUAACUAAUCAUAUCUGUCAUCCAAUAUUUACAGAGAACCAGGAUAUGGUGAAAUACUUUUAUGACCUUCCAUACUUAUUAAUAGUGUAUACAUUAAUAUGGGUACAUAUCCAACCACCAUCGUGCAAUUCUCCAAUUUGACAUAAGCUAAAAAAAAAUAUAUAUAUAUAUAUAUAUAUAUAUACAGUUUAUAUAUAUUAUCAGAUCUUAGUAUAUCAGAUAAGGCUUAUCUUAAGGCCUAUUGCCAAAAAUUAAUGAUGUCACCAUCAAUAUUCAUGCCUUCUAAUCUACGUGUCUUUAACGUGAAGAUCCAGAAGGCUUCUUUCUUAAAAAGAUCUUGUAAUCGAUUUCCACCUCUUGGUUUCCUUUUCACCAGGUCUAUUAUCAUCCAAUUAAAAGAACUGGUGUUUCCCUGGUAUUCAAAUACAAAAUGCUUAGCCGCUCCUUUAGAAGUUCUACCAUUUUCAAUAUCGUUAAGGUGUUCCCUAAUCCUGGCCCUUGUUUCACGUGAGGUGCACCCCACGUAUUGUUUCUGACAGCUGGUACAUGUAAUCAUGUAUAGGAAAGUAAAUAUGGUUGGAGGCAAGUGCUGCAGAGGUUAACGUUACGUCCAUUAAAUGUCAGAUAUAUUAAGAAACUGUGAAAUUUGUUUAGAGUCCAAUAUAUGCUGCAGAUAUUGGACAUGAACUGUAGGUGCUAUUUUCUCAUCAAUAAUUAAACUAUUAGCUUUUUUUUAUACUGUUAAUAUUCUUAUUUGUAAGGUUAUGACUCUAUUCUACAUGUCUAAUGUGACAGCACCAAACAGGUCAUAUUUACAUGUAUCUAAACAUUGUUCAUAGAUACUACUGUUCCCUAAUCAUAUGACAUUUUGAAAUGUACUUUGUAAAUAACGAGAGAGUCCAGAAGGCAUUUAAACCCUACAUACAAAAAAACAACAAGCUAUAAAAUCUGAUCCACUAUCGCAAAUUACACAAUUUUUACUUCAUAACUGGUGUUUCUGGCGAGCAUACAGGCUCGUCAGAAACACGGGCCCUAGAUAGAUAGGCCCCAAUAUCUCAAAUGUAUUUUCAAAGAGAUAUUCAAAUAUAGAUCUCGAGAUAUCUAGACAUAUAUAUUUACAUUUCUCGCUAUAAAUAGAUAUAUCUGUCCAAAUAACAUCACCUAUAUAGAGAAAUAUUUGGAAAUAAAUAGAACAUAUUCUGUUAACAAAAAAACCUAGCAAUAUGAAAUAUUCACAUUUUCAUGUACACUUUUCCGAGGAGACGAACUACUAUUUGUCUUCUCCAUUGACUACGUAAUUGCGCUCGCAAUCUGGCUUUAUGUAUAACGCAGGUUAACGUGUGCAAAAUAAUUUAUAACUUGUAAUACCCGUGCAACCCCAAAAGUGAAAAAACCAUAACGCUUAGUGUUUUCGCAAUUCCAAAAAUCAGAAUUGCUGUGCGACUUGUAUUCUUGCCCUGUUUUGGGAUUUACUGUGUUUGCCCAAUCUCUAUAGCAAAGACAAAUCACAGAACUAAAUUACAAUAUUAAUAUCAUAGUUUUGUUAUUAAUUUAGGUUUUCUUCUUAAAGGGAGAGUCCAGCCAAAACUGGAAUCCACAUGGAUAUAUUUCAUAUUUGAAUAGAAGCAUUUUUGUAAUAUCCAUGUAUUAGCUAAAAUACUCCUAAUAAAAGAUAUAGCUGUUUUAAAAUUGUAUUUAAGUAUGCACCGUGCACCAGUAUUUUAAAUACAGCACUCGCUCAGAGAGCCUAAGGUGCUUGUACCAUCUAGGCAUGACUCAAUUUGUUAAUUGUUGACAUCAUACAAGCCCCACUGGCCCACUGAGCCUCUGCAGUAUUUAAAAUGCUGCAAAGCCAAUUAAUUUGUUAUAAACACAUUAAGAGGCCGAAUUAUCAAGCUCCGAAAGGAGCUUGAUGCCCCGUGUUUCUGGCGAGCCUUCAGGCUCACCCAAAACACAAUUUAUGAAGCAGUGGUCUAAAGACCACUGCUCCAUAACCUGUCCUCCUGCUCUGAGGAGGCGGACAGACAACGCCGAAAAUCAACCUGAUCAUGUACGAUUGGCCGCAAAUCUGCGGUGCAAUGCUGGUGCAAUGAUAAAUGCUGAGAGCGUAUGCUGUCGGCAUUUAUCAAUGUGCAGCGGACAUGAUCCACAAUAUCGGAUAAUGUCUGCUCACAUAAUGAUAAAUAGGCCCCUAAAUAUCAAAUGUACAAUGUUUAGCUUACAUAACUGCACAUUACAUGUGCAUUAGCCUUACAUUUGCAUUAGCAAUGUGCAGUUAUGUAAGCUAAACAUUGUACGUUUGAUAUUUUAUGCUUUUAUAACAAAUGGAUUGGCUUUGACUUAUGAUUGGAUCAUACCAUUGAGUGAAAUCAGAGGGUUACACCAGCAGACGAUCUCAGAGGAGCAUAGACCUGAGCUCAGUAAGCAGAGACACUGUGAGAUCUCAGCAGGUCAUUACUGGCACAGUCUGUGCUAUUACACUUGUGAGUACAUUUCUAUCCCUUGUGGGUAUUGAAAGGGGGAAUUGUUUGCUCUAAGAGAGUACUAUUCAUGAUUAAGCACCGAUGUCUAAGCACAUCCAGAAGAUGUAGAUUAUUUAACCUGCUGCAUAUUCUGUAGCGUGACAGUAUUAAACCCCAGUCCUUGUCUAGUAUAGGGUCAUUCUGAUGUGAAACGUAUGUGCUAUUAUAUCUUCAUGCAAUGUCCUCAUUUUGUAACAUGAUCACACUGGGUACCAACUGAUCAAAAAUGAUUUGCCUUCCCGGAAUGGAACUAGUAGGAUAAUACAUCAAAUAUGUCAUUAAUGGAUUUAAAGGGCAGUUAAACACCUUGUAAUUACAAGGCACUUUUGUUAUCUUGGGGCAAAAUAAAUAAUGAAAGUAUAUUGGCAAGUUGUUUCACUAAACAUAACAAAACCUUUUAUAUUAAAGGGACAUGAAACCCACUUUUUUUCUUUCACGAUUUAGGUAGGACAUACAAGUUUAAACAACUUUCCAGUUUAAUUCUAUUAUCAAAUUAAGCUAAUAACAAUUGGUAUAUAUAUGCAGCCACCAAUCAGCAGCUAGAACCUAGGUUCUUUGCUGCUCCUGUGCUUUCCUAGAUAAACCUUUCAGUAAAGGAUAACAAGAGAAGGAAGCAAAUUAAAUAAUAGAAGUAAAUUGGAAACUUGUUUAAAAUUGUAUGUUCUGUCUCAAUAACAAAUGUCUAAUUAUGACUUUACUGACCCUUUAAAUCUCAAGGCGUUUACUGUCCCUUUAGUCCCAGCUCUUGAGUAAGUUGUAGUUUGAUGUUUUCUGACUCAAGUUGCUGAUUAGCUUUUUUAACCCCAGGCUGGUCUGUCAAGCAGUGACCAAUAAUGUGAAUCCAACAUUUUAUAAUCCUGUCAUCCAAUGUGUUUAAAUGGCGCUAGUGGCCACUUCUUUACAUAUAUGCAUGAUGUUAUUCAUUUUGUAUUUUUAUUAUAUAUGUAAGUAAAUAAACUUACAAUGUUACACUUUCA